AUGGGUUGUAUACUUAGUACCUCAGCAAAUACUACAGAAAAUCACGAUAAAUAUUAUCAAAAUAAUGAGCCAACCGAUCCUUUUUUGGAAAAUAAAAAGGCCAACGAUUUAAUUGAACAAACAUUAAAAAAUAAUCAAAAAAAGGAUAGAAAAGAAGUCAAAUUGUUAUUAUUAGGAGCAGGAGAAAGCGGUAAAAGUACCGUUUUAAAACAACUAAAAUUAUUGCAUUUAGGUGGGUUUAAUCACCAAGAAAGAUUGCAAUACGUAAAUGUGAUAAGAGCUGAUGCCAUACAAAGCAUGAAGAUGUUGAUAAUAGAAGCUAGAAAAUUGGGAAUUCCAUUGGAUUGUGAUGAUCCUCAUGGGUAUCGCGAAUUGUUCCAAUGCAAACGGCUACUAUUAAAAGUAAAGCCAUUAGAUUUGAUUGACACCAAUGCAGCUGGUGGAUCCAAUUUUUUAAAUGACUAUGUUUUAAAAUAUAGUGAGCGUAGUAUUAAAAAGAGACGCGCUGAAAGUACGGGACAAAAGGAAUCAUUGAGCUUGGACACCGGCAAUGGGAUUUAUGAUAAAGAAAAUGAGGAAAACAGCGAUAAAAAGUAUCAGGUAAUAUUAGAAGGAAUGCAUAGCAAUAACAAUAAUAACAACGAGGAUGAUGAUUUGUUUGUUAAAAGUUCAAAAAACCAAACUUUAUUUAACAACUUGGACAAUCAUCAACAACAAAUACAAAUAGAUCAAAUUGCGUAUUCUAUCAAACAAUUAUGGAAGAAAGAUAAGGGCAUACAACAAUGCUUUAUGCGUUCCAACGAAUUUCAAUUAGAAGGCUCAGCCAAUUAUUAUUUUGAUAAUAUUGAAAGAUUUUCUCAACCAGAUUACAUUUGCACAGACGAAGAUAUUUUAAAAGGUCGUAUUAAAACAACAGGUAUAACGGAAACCAAUUUUAACAUCAAUUCCACAAAUUUUAAAGUACUAGAUGCUGGUGGCCAGCGUUCCGAAAGAAGAAAAUGGAUUCACUGUUUUGAUAAGAUUACAUGUGUACUAUUUGUUGUUGCGGUUAGUGAAUAUGAUCAAAUGUUAUUUGAAGACGAAAGAGUUAAUAGAAUGCAUGAAGCUUUGAUGUUAUUUGACACGUUAUGUAACAGUAAAUGGUUUAUCAAUACUCCAUUUGUACUAUUUAUGAAUAAAGUAGAUUUAUUCCAGGAAAAGAUUAAAAGAUCACCAAUAAGAAAACAUUUUCCUAACUAUCAAGGACGUGUGAAUGACGUGGAUGCUGGAUUGAAGUAUUUUGAAAAGUUAUUUUUAAGCUUGAAUAGGACUAACAAACCUAUAUACAUUCAUAGAACAUGUGCUACGGACAAGCAAAGCAUGAAAUUUAUAUUAAGUGCAGUCACAGAUUUAAUAAUUCAACAAAAUUUAAAAAAAAGUGGAUUGUUAUGA